CUAUGGACCUCAGCUCCAGAUGCUUCUAUCCCAUCUUACUUCCUCAGAAUAUGACUGUAUCAUUUGGAGUUUCUCUAUCUGAUCUUCUCAAGCAAGCCCCCGGUGCUGCGCGCCACAUCUAGCAAUAUAUAUACAAGUGGCUACUAUCAUAUCAGGAUCCCCGUCUACUCUACCCAUGUCUUUGGAUCCCCUAGCACCCAUUACUGCCACACCUUCGCUGGAUAUGACCAUGGGUGCUACUUUCAUCGGUCUAAUCAUUACUGCUAUGUUGUAUGGGAUAAGUGUUCCCCAGCUCGUCAUCUACUACAGACGAUAUUCCAAAGACCCGCGGCUUUUCCAAUAUUCAAUCGGCUUACUCUGGAUCUUCGAUACUAUUCAACUCGGUCUGGCUAUUCUCGCGCUCUACUUCUACCUUGUCACCUCCCAUGGAAAUUAUCAGGCCCUGCUUCAGCUCAAUUGGAGUAUCCGGUCACAAUAUCCUUUCAGUAUGGCGACCGUUGUUGGUGUCCAACCGUUAUACGCUGUUAGAAUAUGGAAAUUUGGCCGACAUUACCAUUCAGUCAGACUCCUGCCAUGGUGUGGCGCGUUCACCCAGUUUGUCUCUUUCGCAGCUACGUUGGCUGGGGGAAUCUACUCGACCUAUAUCAACUACGGUCCACACGAUCUUCUAACCUUGCCGAGUAUCAGAGUACCGCUCUACAUAGCUUUUGUUGCGACAGCAAUUACAGAUCUUGUUGUCGCCGGCAUAAUGUGCUUUUACUUGCACAAGGGAAAAGGAACGACCCGCCUAUCCAGGACGAUAAAGAUCAUUAUAGGAUUGACGUGGCUCGUGGUAAUGUCCGGGUUGGUGACAUGCGUAUGUUCAUUGCUUGUUCUCAUCACGUACAUCAUCUGGCCAAACGCUCUUCUUUUCGUGGCGUUCGAGAUGGUUCUACCAAAAAUUUACAUGAACUCCUUACUAGCAAUGCUCAAUUCUCGCAAGAUUCCAAGAACCGCCGCCACGGACUGGGAACACUCUGCCUCUCCUCCCGGUACGGUACUGGAAUUUUCUCCUCUUGAGUCCAACGACAUCCCCACAUGAAACACAAAUUAUGACUGUUAUGGUAUGUACCUCUUGCCGUUGCGACGUCGAAUCGGUCACUGCCCUCCUUUUCAGAACAGCAGGA